UGUAGCGUGAAAGAGACAGACUGAUCACGAGCGAGCUUCGGCAAUAGCGUAUUGUGUUUUGUUUACAAACAAAACACAGUAGACUUCCAAGAUGGCUGAAGAGUGGUUUUAGCAAGUUGGCCCACCUUAGUAUAUACUUCUAGGCGCCUUGGUUUUUCUAUUGAUUUAAAGUCCAUACAUUCCAAAGCUCACAAGUGGCGCGUUCUAGUUUAGUUUUGCAAGAAAUUUCAUAAAUGGAAAGUUGUUUAAAACUCAUAAAUGGCUGCAAUUCGUAGUACUGAAAGGGAUCCGUCGAAGGAUUUCCGAUAUAUAGGAUCUGAUCUGUUACAUUUUCCAAUAUGUUUCGGUUGCGGGCAUUAUUCUGCAUUUUUAGUGUAUCUCGGAUGUAACGAACGCGCUGCUAAGUAUCGACCCAUUCAACACGGGGAACAACUUUACUGUCCACGAUGCUCGCCUGACCCUGAACAUUUUAAACAGCUAUUUCCAGACGAAAAUAUUUUUCGAGAAGAUAGUAUACUCAAUGACCGGCAACUGUUGGAUCUACUGGGAGAAUUUCAUUAUUCUAAUCCUUAUUACGAAAAUUUAUCAAAAAUGGAUCGGAUUAUUAUAACAGAAAACGCCAAAUUGCGCUCUUCUUACAAACCAUUAGCUAAACGUCCGCUGCCUAGAAAACGGAAACUAGACAUUCUAAUGAGCUUAUUUCCUGACAGUCAUCGUAUGAAAAAUCAACGAUUUGCCAAUGUAGAUGAUCUUUGCUCAGCUGUUAAAAGAAAGUACACGGAAAUUUGCAGGGAUUAUAUGAAUCUAUCCGAAGCAGAAGCUAGUCAACUGCGAGAUAAUUUUGAUACACUAAUCGAUCGUACUCCAAUGCAUUUGAAACCAAACAGUCAAAUCCGACCGCCUGCACUUACACCAAUCACCACUGAGAAUCAGAUGGUGGAGGAAAUAACUCGCGAUAACAUUAAUGAAUCUGGUGUGGACGAAAUAUCCAUUUCAACGACCAGCUCUGUCGCAUCCAUCUGUAGAUUAGCCGUUCACGGUGAUUUGCUUCGUACACAUGACGAUUCUUCAACUGAAAGUUAUGGAGCUGAUCAAAUAUCUAUAGCGUCGGAUAUUUAUGUUUCUUCGCAAGAAACUAGUGCGGGGAGAGUCGCUCUCUCUUCGCAAAGCGUGGCACACAUGUCCUCCCAAAGUGUUGCACAAGUAUCAUCGCAAGAGGUGUCCGGAGGAGGAGUAGUUCUUUCUUCGCAAAGCUUGUCUGAUAUUAAUAUAAGUUCACAAGACACCGCUGGAGUUACACCCGGGGCAAUAAUACCAGACGACGAUAGUUUUGCUGCAGAGAUCACUGUGGCCACUAGUAAUACCCCAACAGCACCAUUAACGGUCCUGCCAGAUGAUCAACAACCUGGCCCAAGUGGGGUGAAAAGACCCCGUACGAGACGAUCUAAGGAUGAUUUGCCGCUGAAUCCUUCGCCGUCUGAUUUUGUAAGAUACCCUUCUGCGAGAAUGCCUCGGCUUGAUGGAGGAUAGGAAAUUUGUCUAUACUGCAUUGUUAUUUUGUGUUAUUUAUUUCGUUCGAUAAAUAUUAACUGUAAUGUCUGAUUGACAGUUUUUUA